AUAAAAACGGAUGAAAGUCUGGCAAAGGCCACGAUUGGUUCAAUCACCAUGAAAGUGUUCGUUGUACUAGCUCUGGCUUUGGCCGCUGUGUCCGCCGAGACUGUCCAGCAGGUUCAUCCCAAGGACCUGCCCAGGGACACCAAGCUCAAUGGCCGCAUUGUGAAUGGAUAUCCAGCCACCGAAGGCAAGGCUCCCUACACCGUGGGUCUGGGCUUCAGCGGCAACGGCGGCUGGUGGUGCGGUGGUUCCAUCAUCGCCCACGACUGGGUCUUGACUGCUGCUCACUGCACCAACGGCGCCUCUCAGGUGACCGUCUACUACGGAGCCACCUGGCGCACUAACGCCCAGUUCACCCACACCAUCGGUAGCGGCAACUUCAUCCAGAACCACAACUGGCCCGACCACAACGGCAACGACAUCGCCUUGAUCCGCACCCCCCACGUGGACUUCUGGCACAUGGUGAACAAGGUGGAGCUGCCCAGCUUCAAUGAUCGCUACAACAUGUACGACAACUGGUGGGCCGUCGCCUGCGGAUGGGGACUGACCACCGCCGGAUCCCAGCCCGAUUGGUUGGAGUGCGUCGACCUGCAGAUCAUUAGCAACUCGGAAUGCUCCCGCACCUAUGGCAACCAGCCCGAUGGCAUCCUCUGUGUGUCCACCCCCGGCGGAAAGUCCACCUGCUCUGGUGACUCCGGUGGCCCCCUGGUUCUCCACGACGGUGGCCGCCUGGUGGGAGUCACCUCCUGGGUUUCCGGCGCCGGAUGCACCGCUGGCCUGCCCUCCGGAUUCACCCGUGUUACCAACCAGCUGGACUGGAUCCGCGACAACUCCGGCGUUGCUUACUACUAAGCUUGAUUAUCCCCAUUUAUAAUAAACAAAAUGCUUA